AUGUUCGCCUAUAGACGGGCAGCAAACACUCGUAUGCUCUCACCAAAUGGACUUCUACCAAAUGUGAUAACGCCAACUACGCAGUCGGGACAGAAAGGCCGUCUAUGCUUUUCAGAAACGCCUCUUCUAUCAACGGGCGCAUGUCCGGCCACAAGCAACCUUCGAUACAACCGCCUUAUUAUCGGCAUGACAGGAGCAACAGGGGCCAUCUACGGAAUCAAGGCACUGCAAUUUCUUCGCGACCUCGGGGUAGAAACUCACCUGGUCAUGUCCAAGUGGGCGCAUGCAACCAUCAAAUAUGAAACGCCCUGGUGCAUCGAGGACGUGGCCAAUCUCGCGACCGGCCGCAACUGGUCGAUCCGCGACAUGUCCGCGCCCAUGAGCAGCGGAUCAUGGAAAUCCGACGGGAUGCUGAUCGCGCCUUGUAGUGUAAAGACUCUGGCUGCGAUUAGGGCUGGCUAUGCAGAAGACCUGAUUUCUCGCUCAGCAGAUGUGUGUAUCAAAGAACGAAGACCGCUGGUGUUAGUCGUACGAGAGACGCCGCUGAGUGCAAUACAUCUGGAAAAUAUGCUGGAACUCUCGCGGUUGGGCGCAAUCAUCUUUCCCGCAGUGCCGGCCUUCUACACCCGUCCAAAGGGCCUGGAAGAGCUGGUCGACCACAGUGUGGCGAGGAUGAUGGAUUGCUUUGGAAUCGAGCCGCAGGGGUUGAUGCCGGAGGAGGGGAGGUGGAAUGGAUUUCGGAAGUAG